AUGUUCGAAGUUGGAGGCCGUCUGUGCGGUCUUUAUUGCCCAGUCACGUCCGAUCCGCUCCAAAACAGAGGUCUCCACGCAUUUUACACAGCCCGGCAGCCGGAAAGCGACAGCGAACUUUUCGUCGGUAAGAUUGUGAUCGACCUCAGCAUCAGUGCUCGGCCGCUUGGAUAUGAUGCCCUGAGCGUGCCCUUACAAGCGCCAUUUCCAGUUGCACCGGAGCAGCUGAAGAUGUUCUACAAACGGAACCCGGUCACGAAUGCUCCGAGUCUAGAACUCUACCAUCCUCUCGCGGAUGAUGCAUCGCGAUUCAAAUGCGCUGUCUGGGACCUCCAGCAAAAUAAAUGCAAAUUUCAAAAGGAGGUGGCGGCCUUUGAGUGGAUAGAAGAGGGUGGAAGAAUCUGGUCGUUGAAAUGGCAGGAGACCUACUAUAUGGUGAAAAAGAGAAUGGUUGAUUGGAUGAUCGCAAGGCCGAACAUGGAUGAUUAUGUCCCGCCACACUACCUCCAUCGGAAAAAUGGAGAAUUCGGCUGGCUGAUGCCCAAGAAAUCGAACGGGAAUCCGAACUUCUUCCCGGACAAGUGCCUAACAAAAAUGGCCAAAGAAGCCAAAUUCGAGAAGUGGGCACCAAUCUUGAAAAAUCAUGCCCUGCUCUACAACGAUCAUCAGUUCCAGAUUUUGGAUGGGCCGGUGAGACUCGAGAUUUUGAACCCGUUUACGAAAAACGGGGAAUCAAUGGUGUUGGAUGGCCAUAUGGGCUAUGGCCUCUACACAGAUGAGGGUAAGCGCUACUUGACUUCGGUGGGUGCCGAACCGGACAACUACAUGGUGCUCGCAGAAGGCAGCGAUUUUUUGGAGCAUAACUUUGGGGGGCUUUGUGGAAGCGGAAGCAGGCUACCAGAGAUGCCAAGCGACGGAUUCGGGGGCUGGGAUCUGAAAUACAUGGCCAACGACGUGUAUCUGUUGACGUUGGAACGGUUUUACCUAUGGAGCUCGGUGACGCGAAAGGUCUCGAGUGUUGCGUUGCCGAUCCGCGGAUGCAUUGACGGCCCUAAAAAUCGAAUUCAUGCGAUUGUAUCUGAUUAUCGGAAUGAUUUUAACACGGAUGUUUUCGUCGUAGUUGACGAGAUGGUCCUGCGCUUCAACGUGGAACCUCGUGACGAGACACUCCAGCUGUGCAACUUAUACAGCCCUGGAGUUGGGCGGAUCACGGCCUGGACGGCCACCACCUGCAAGAAGACGAUUCCCAUCACCUCGUACAUGAUUACGAAUCUGGUCACGUGCAAUAUGAGGGUAUGCAUUGAUGGUAGAAGCUUCAUGAAUCGCGGCGAGCCAAGUCAUCUUGGCGAACUGGAAAAUGGUUUCUUGGAGGGUGAUCCACUUCUGAAGCUG